AGAGGCAACGCAUUAAGCUUUCUCUCUUGCCCCCAACCACGAGACUGACCAUGCACACCCAAUUGAAGAGAGGACGUAGCUACCCUAAGCUGCCGAUCCGCGGCUGCAGCUCUCCACCCUCUCUCCUUGGCGCAGGAGACAACCCUGCGAUUCAGCCAAUUCAACGUUGCAGCGCAUGGGAAAAGUUACCCCGGCAAUUACGGCUCAAAUUUAAUUUAAAAAAACAUCGAAGGAAAGAAAGAUGGGUGACGAUGCGACCUCGCACCCCGCGACAUUAAAAAAAAAAGAAAAGAAAGGCACAGUUUAACGUGACGCAUGCGUCGUUCCGGAGGUUGAUUCAUCACAGAGACGGACCGCUGUUGCUUCUGAUUGAGCAGCGAGCGGGUCACGUGGGCUGUCUGUCUCCGGCGCAUAAACCUCGCCUUGCCGUAAUCGCACGCAACGCCUGGCGUAAAUUGGGCCUGUGGCGGUCUAGCGGAGGAUUUUCCAUUUCCGGUAGAGGAAGUGGAGACACUUUCUGAGUCUAGGAAUGGGGUCUUUCUCUUCCUCCUCCAAGUGGGAGGCAGGGAGUCUCAACGGAAAGGCUUUUGGGCAGGGCGGACCACCUCUGCUUUGUAACUUUUGAGUAAAUCGGCUCCUAAGGCUGUAGAACGGAAUGGGGAAGGAGCCGAUGUUCUAAUCUUCGAUUCACGGUCCUUGUUGAGGGUCUCCUCCGGUUCGGUAUAGGCUCGGUCUCGUUAUUCAGUCGCCCAGAAAUCAUAACAUCUAAGAUUACUGCAUAUUCUCUUACGAUCCAAUCAUUACAGGUCACUGUGUUCUCCUACUGACCUUCCCGCUUCCCUCUUUCUUUGUGCCCUCCAGAAUCUGUCUGGAUUUCUGCUGUACUCAAGUUUUAAUGUAAACUCAGUUCAAAGAAGAAACCAUGCAGCGAAGGCCCAAAGGAUUGAACACUGGAGUGCUUUUCCUCCUUUCUCAGCUCUAUCAAGUUGGGUUUCACAACAUUCCACCCGUCACGCUUGCAACUUUGGCAGUGAACAUUUUCUUUUUUCUACAACCCCUGAAACCUUUGGACAAAGCAUGUAUUAGUGUCAAUGAUUGUCUUUACAAAAAAGAUUGGCAUCGUUUGUAUCUUUCAGCAUUUCAUCAUGCAGAUGACUGGCAUCUAUAUUUUAAUAUGGUCUCCUUGCUUUGGAAAGGAAUUAAAUUGGAGAACAGACUUGGAACUAUGUGGUUUGGAUAUAUAAUUGCACUAUUUUCACUCCUUGUGGGAGCUGUAUACCUGUUUCUGGAAGCUAUACUGGCGGAACUUCUUGGUGAUCCUUUAUAUGAACAUCACUGUGCUGUUGGUUUUUCUGGAGUGCUAUUUGCUUUGAAAGUUCUUAAUAACUAUUACCAUCCAGGGGGAUCAACCAAUAUUAUGGGCCUGAAUGUAUCCAAUAAAUACUCUUGUUGGUUGGAACUUCUAGCAAUCCAUUUAUUAAACCCACGGAGUUCUUUUGCAGGACAUCUGGCAGGUAUUCUUGUUGGCCUAAUGUACACCAUGGGACCCCUGAAGAUUUUCAUGACAGCAUGUACAGGUGGCAAUGUAUUUCCAACUGGCUUUUCAGAACAAAGGAACAAUUACAGAAGAGGGAAUUUUAGAUACACAGGUAAUCCAUCCUAUCCACCAAACAACUAUGAUACAUAUACUGGUGGACUCUCUGAGGAAGAACAAUUUGAAAGAGCAUUAAGUAACAGUUUGAGAGAAAGAGGCAGCAAUACAAGACAUUACACCAACGAAAGGAGGCCAUAUGGCUUCUGGCUUUCACCAGAAGAACUAUCAGCUGAGGAACUCAGAAGGCAGAGACUUAAUAGAUUUGAGAGGUGGCAGUAGUCUUAAAGUACAUAUAUAAAGGGCUCUUCAUAGCUGUCAAAACAUGGUGAAUAUUGUUCAUUUAAGCCAUUUCUAUUUCAUAAAAUAUAUUUCAUGGAGGCUAUUUGAAGCUAUCUGUGAGUGAAUAAGUUGAAUAAAAGUUUACAGAAUAAAAAUUAAAAUUAAACAUAGAUUUGGUCAGGUUGCUGAAAUUCAUGACCCAUGAAUACAGCAUUUUUAUGAUCUCCAGAAAUUACUGAAAUUGAAGAAUGAUUUACUAUGGAAAUGUUUUUCUACAAGUUGCACAUUUAGAAUAUGACACCACCAUCCUACAAUUUUUAAUAUGGAUGAGAAAGUAACUGCGUAUCAUGAAUAUGUUGUAGCUAUUAAUUGUAGCUAACUAAUUAUUUUUGUAUACAAGAAGAUGUAUUUGUAUUUUUUUAUUAUGUUAAAGAAACCAAAGUUUGAAAACUUUGAAUUCUUCCUUCAGUCUCAUUUGAAGUAGAUUUUGGAAUUCACAUUGAUUAAUUUGGGUGCAGCCGAUUAAAUCUUAUUAAAUUUAUUUUAUAAGAAACAGCAACAGGAUAGCUUACUACAUUUUUAGUUAUUACGAGUUUGUAAAUAUAAAUUAUUCUGAUGUCCAUCUCAUAUCUUACUCCCUUUCCCUGGAAUAUUCAUCAUGGCCUUCCCAAAAUUGAAAAACUAAUAUUUUGUGGAAGGGGAGCGGGGGAAGGAGCAAAUUGGGAGUUCUGCCAUAGCCAUAAAAAUAUGCCAUAUAAUAUUUAUCAUCAGACAUUAUGAUUUGUGAUUUAACUUGUUCUGAUAAAAAAAACCUCUCCACACUUCACAUUUCAGUUUAUAUCAAGUAUUUUUUCUUAAACCAUUGUCAUAUUUUCUACUUGAGAUCACUCAGUGCCUUCCCCAAUAAAGUGUAUAUUAAAAAUCAUAUUUUAAUUUUCUUGAAUAUUUUUUGCAUUUUUAUAAUAUUUUCAAUGUUCAUAGUACUGCUGUCUCCAUAGUUUGUUAAUGAACCACCUAUGAGCUCUGUUGUUGCAACUUGGUUAUUUACUAUCUAAACCAAGACAGAUGAUCUAAUGCUGAUUUUGAGCUUCAGAACAGGAAUCAGAAUUGAUCAUGGCUCUUCCACAAUAUGCUUCAAAGAUAUGCACAGAGGCCAUACUUUUGGGCAGUGAGCUUUGGACUCAUUAAGGCAGGCUCAUGGAGGACCAUCCUACAGGGAAGGAAUGAGAUUUGAAAGUACACAAAAUUAUCUGCUACAACAUCCUACCUGUCAAUGACUACUUCAGCUUCAACCGCAAUAAUACAGGAGCACACAAUAGAAACAAACUUAAGGUAAACUGCUCCAAACUCGAUUGCAGAAAGGAAUAUGACUUCAGCAACAGUGGUCAAUGCCUGGAAUGCACUACCUGACUCUGGUUACUUCCCCAAACCCCCAUAACUUUAACCUUAGACUCUCUACUAUUGACCUCAUCCCAUUCCUAUCACGUCUGUAAGGGGCGUACAUAAGCGCACCAACAUGCCUGCCGUCCCUGUCCUACUGUCCCCAUUUAUUGUAUCCUUAUCCUGUAUUCAUAAUCACAUCUAUACUUGUAUCUAUAAUCUUAUACAUGUUUGACAAAUAAAUAAAUAUAAAUAAAUAAAAAAAUAAAACAAUGUU